AGCUUGACCUCGACUGUGCCUGAGGCCGUGUGCUUGGCAUUUUGCCAUCUUCUUCACUCGUUCUUGGGGUGUUUACCCGUCGCCGCCGCCGCCGCCCGCCCACCAUGGCCAAGUCAAGGCCAGUGCCUCAUGCCACUCCUUCACCUCGCCGGUUGUCUACCUGCUGGCUCGGAAUACUGGCCGCCACAUCUGUCGCAUUGCUCACCGUCGCGAUGCUGUCAACCCAGACCUUUACCUCCGGGCUGCUCCUAUGGCUGUCGCCAACCCUUGCAGCAACAAUUGGUCGCGAAACUUAUCCAGUCGGCCUCCCCUUUGUCAUCAACACCUGGGGUGGCCCCUUCACUGCAGCGACAGAUGCUGCAUUCCUCUCCCUGCUGGACGCCAACACGUCAGCGCUCGAUGCUGUCGAGAUCGGGUGCGCAAAAUGUGAGGCGAAUCAAUGCGACGGCACAGUUGGCUUUGGCGGCUCGCCCGACGAGAAUUGCGAGACGACGCUCGACGCCAUGAUCAUGGACGGCACGACAAUGAAAUCUGGCGCUGUGGCCGGUCUUCGACGGAUUAAGAACGUCAUCAGCGUCGCCAGGCACGUGCUUGAGCACACAACCCACACACUCCUCGCCGGUGACCUGGCCACCGAAUUCGCGGUGGCCAAUGGCUUCCCCGAGGAGGACCUUUCCACCGAGGCAUCCAGGGAGAAGUGCGAGGCCUGGCGCGCUGCAGGGUGCCAGCCAAACUAUCGCCUUAAUGUGACGCCUGAUCCAGCGGCUUCCUGCGGGCCGUACACACCCAUGGGCCUUGACUCGCUGAGUCCUGCAUACGCAGGCUUGAUUGAAGCCCGUGGUCGCCCUGUCGGACACGACACAAUCUCCAUGAUCACAAUAGACUCGCGAGGAAUCAUGGCAGCGGGCACGUCGACGAAUGGCGCGAGCUACAAAGUGCCUGGGAGGGUUGGCGAUGGGCCUAUUACGGGUAGUGGCUCGUACGUGGAUGGCGAGGUCGGUGGCUGUGGCGCCACAGGUGACGGGGACAUCAUGAUGCGGUUCCUGCCCUGCUACCAAGCCGUUGAAAACCUCCGCAACGGCAUGACUCCAACUGCCGCUGCCGAGGACGCUGUGCGCCGGAUGGUCCGCAAGUACCCGCAGGUUUCGAGCGGGGUGGUGGUCGUCAACAGUAAGGGCGAGCAUGGCGGUGCAGGUUCAGGAUGGACGUUCACGUACGCUUACCGGAGCGCGGGCAUGGAUGAGACGGCGGUCGUGAGCGUGCCGCCUGUCGACGCUGCGCGAGCACACCUAUGAGCACUAGCGAUCUAUGGUCAACGUGGGAAACACAUGUUGUUGUACUUCACCUCACCCCCAGACCCUGUAGAGAGUGAGAGUAGCUCGAUCAUCCAACAACGAUUCUAUCAACCCC